GAUCGAAUGCGGACGUGAUACACAAAGAUCUGGCUUGCCCGAUGAAGUGGUCCCUUUUUAUAUGUUCUCCUGCCUUCCCUCUCUUUAGGUCCUUUCCUCCCCGCCUUCAUCUCCUACCGCUUUUUUUCAUCCUCAAUCACUUUUAAAUUUAAAUGUCCUCAAAGCGUGGUCGCAAGCGCAAUGACAACCUCCCUCCUAAUAGAGCUAGGGAUGUUCAAAGAGCAUUUCGUGCAAGGCGAGCUGCUCAUCUACAAGCUCUCGAGUUGCGAGUAUCGGAGCUCGAGGAAGAGAAUAAUUGCUUAAGAGCUGCACUCAAUCUACCUGCAGCUAACCGCCCAUCUCUCGGUAAAGGUCCGACAGGCAAGGAUAAAUCAAAGUCUCUUGAGACAACGCCUGUUGCUGCCCAAUCCAACUCUUCUAAAAGCCGAGAGUCAUCGCCCGUCGCAGAAUCACCUUCUCCGGGUCGUUCAGAAUCCGCUUCUCCCUCCGUUGUCAGCGGUAACUUGCGUAGCCCCCCUGUAAUGGACGGUCAUUGGGAAGAAAGUUUUAUGAUGAGUGAUCAGCAGUCGCAGGGCUCUCAUGUAUCAUCUUCGUCGUCCGCUUCCUAUAGUCUUCGCCCAGUUCCUCCGGCUAUGUCCCAGAAAAGCUCCCAUCAAUUCACUUUUUCAAAUCCGAUGCCGCCUCCCCGUUCUAUGAUUUCAAGUAGCGUCCCUGCGCACUCUAUUCAGCCAAACUAUGCACAUACAGCCGAUAGGCCUGUUGCCACUGGAUAUAAUGAUAUGAACUAUCUCCUAUGCGACGUCCGAGAAAACGCACAUUAUCCCUACUCAUAUCAGCCCUCCCAGUUCAAUCAAGAUCAUGCCAUGUCCCCACCGGCUCAGAAUCCUAUUCAUCCAACCCAAAAUCAUCACCCACAGCGCACGCCCCUGCCACAUACAUCAAUAACGUACCCACAACGACGUUCAGUCAAUGAACCUUCUGGGUUCAGACCGUUAGGCACCGAUUUGCACCUGCCGAGCCCCCCGCCGCAUUCGCAGGCGGUGCGCCUGGCAUCGCCAGCGCCGUCUGCGCAAGAUCCACGAUCUCAUUAUACCUCUCACGGCAAGCAUCCUAAUGCUCUUCGGUGACCUUUCAGUUGUUAUCAUUGUCGUCGUCCUGUACUUCUUAAUUCCCGUUUUCGUCGUAACUAUUCUCAUCCUUUGUACUAUCAGUCCCUUCCUCGCACGACCUCGAGAUUGUCAUUGCUCAUUGCUAAAUGAUUUUAACAACGCCUGUAUCGCUAUCGCUCGCGAACUUUUCUCUAGGCCACCUAGUCAAUUUUACAAUAGAUGUAUACACAGCUAUCUGGUAAACUAUUCUUUCCAUGUAAUAGCUUUAAUUCUGCCUGUCAUGCUGGCAAUUCCGAUGCUCGGACAUGAUCCAGCACGACCCAUUG